AUGGCUCCUCUGAAAGUUUUUGUGUUCACUUGUUUUCUAAGUUUGUUGUUUUACAUCAUUAAUGGUGUUGAAGUGAGUCAUGAUGGAAGAGCCAUAAAAAUCGAUGGGAAAAGGAGGGUGUUGAUAUCUGGAUCAAUUCACUACCCUAGAAGCACACCAGGGAUGUGGCCUGAUUUGAUAAAGAAAGCAAAAGAAGGAGGGUUAGAUGCUAUUGAAACAUACGUGUUUUGGAAUGCACAUGAAGCUGUUCGUCGUGAAUAUGAUUUCAAUGGCAGAAACGAUCUAAUUAGGUUUUUGAAAACAAUUCAUGACGAAGGUCUUUAUGCUGUUCUUCGUAUUGGUCCUUAUGUCUGUGCCGAAUGGGAUUAUGGAGGGAUUCCUGUGUGGGUUUAUAAUCUGCCUGGUGUAGAGAUUCGGACGUCAAAUCAAGUAUACAUGAAUGAAAUGAAAAAUUUCACUAUUCUCAUCGUGGACAUGGUCAGAAAAGAGAAACUAUUCGCCUCUCAAGGAGGUCCUAUAAUUAUUUCUCAGAUUGAGAAUGAAUAUGGGAAUGUGAUGUCGAGUUAUGGGGAUGCUGGAAAAGCUUAUAUAGAUUGGUGUGCAAAU